UGGAUUGCAUUCCCCCAUUCGCACCCCUCGCUCGCGAUCGCAAUCGCAAUCGCGAUUCUUCUUGUCUCUAUCCACCCUCCUCCUCCUCCCGUUCUCGCGUAGUACCUCAUGAGAUUUAUUACGAGUAGGUUUCGCUAAAUAUACAGCGCCGCAAUUGCUGCUACUAGUACUAGUAAAAGAAACCGCGCCGCCCGCCCAGCAAGAUUAAAGAAACCGCGCCGCCGUCCCAAGCAAAUCUCGUCGCCCCUCGUAGUAAUCUCUCGACUUCUCCAUCGAGUUCGAACCGCGAGAUCAAAGAACGGAUGUUCCCAAAGCGAGCUACGACCUCGCAGUAAUCUUGGUUGGAAUCAAUCUCUUAAAUCAAAAGGAAAUAAGGGGACAAGGAUCUUUUUUUGACUGAUCGGCCGUCCGGUCGCCGGCCUCGGGCUCCGAUGGCGGCGCCGCCGUCGCUGGAUUACUGGCGGGGCUUCUUCAACGGCGCGCGCGCCAGCAUCUUCGACACCAUCGACGCCGCCAUCCGGGUCGCCGCCGCCGACUGCCCCGACGCCCUCCGCGCGCGCCGGGACGCCAUCGCGCACCGCCUCUUCACCGUCCUCCCGCCGUCCGAGGAGCCUGCGGCCGCGACGGCGGCCGUCGCCGGACCGCCGCCCACGCUCCCCGAGGGUUCCGGCAGCGUACCCAGCCUCUGCAGCUCCGAUGGCCCCGCCGUGCCCCAUCGCCGCGACGGCCAAGACCCCGUCGCCGCGGAGGUCUUCCGCGUCAAGGCCGCCCUUUCAAGCAACCAACAAAUGUCCGAGGACGAACUGCUCCAGCUGCUCUUGAAGCUGCAGCAGUUGAAGCUCACGGUGGACACCAUCAAGGUUACUGAGAUUGGCAAGGCCGUGAAACACCUUACGAAGCACAGCUCAAAGCAGAUUAGGCAACUCGUGCGAUCACUCAUAGAAGGCUGGCAGACUAUAGUUACUGAAUGGAUGAGCAAUGAAGCUGCCAUUGUAGAUCAUACUCCGCAAUCGAUGGAUUCUUCUUGCCUUGAGCAGGAAGAAGCAGGGCUUCCUUCCCCUCCCAUGGAUGAGGCAGCUCUUUUCGACACACUGUGUGGUUCCAUAGAGCUAUCUGAGUUCUUCGAUGAAAUGGAUGAUGAUGGAAACAUUAAAACUGAUGCCAAGGUGGGCGAACAACAAUGUCCGGCAAACCAAGAGUCUAUCAAGAAGGAGCUUCCUGUCAGCCAGCAGUAUGAUCCAGUGCAGAACUGGAGGCUUGAUCAGUCUGCAGUGAGGAAUUCACGACUGUGUGGACCUUCCGGUGGGCAAACAGGGCAGCAAUCCGUCACCCAGGCACAAGACAAGCCUUCAAAUGCAGCAUUUGGGCCUGGCAGACCACAGAUGUUGCAUUCUGAGAUGGUUGGUUCUGAAAUGAGGCCUAAGCAGCUGCAAGAUAUCUCGGUGCCUCAAACUCGAAGAAGGCCAAAACCAACUACGCCUAAUCAACCGUCGACUCCGCAUGAUCAAAGCUCAUUCCGGGCGAAGCUGGAGCUUGCAAAGAACGCCAAGCUCGAAUCAACAAAGCGAAAGCUUCAAGAGGGUUAUCAAGAACUCAGUAAUGGUACGCGUGUGUCAUUAGAUAUCCAUGUGAUCGGUACUGACACUAAUUCAACACAAAUGCAGCAAAGCAGCAACGAACAAUACAAAUGGUGGAUCCGCAGAACCUGCCAAAGCAAGGUAACCGGAGCUUACAACCGAAUGGCAAGGCAAGGAACAACGGCACCGGCAACAUUCGGAAUCGGCCUGGCAUUCGUCGCUGAUUCAAUCAAGCUUCACCAAGUGUGGAUGUCCCCAUCUUCAAUUCCUUCAGGCUCCACUUAGUGUGGGUGUUACCUGUCACCUUUAUGUGCUCAGUACCGAACAUGACAACAGUAAUGCUUCUCCCAAACUUCACAUCACCAGGUAGAGAUGCAUUAUUGUCGCGCCCUAAUAGCCUUGGGACAUAAGUGGCUGGGUAAAAUGCUCAAUUAACUUGUAGGGGCAGCACAUGAUGUAGUUCGACAUGCUAAUACCUACCUGAUAUGCUACAAGGUUGCUGGUCUGGAUGCAAA